GUGAAAAUCAUAUUGGGGUUUUGUUCACAAUUUGAGAUUUAUUUAUUUGAAAUUCAAUAAACAGACAAGAAAACAAAGCAAUGGAACAAGAAACAAAUAGUGACUCGGAUAGCAUGAAUGAGGAAAAUGUCUUCUAUUUCGAAAGUGACCACUUGGCUUUACGGGGCAAUCGAGAUUACAGCAACUUGUUGCGUACCAUCGCCAUACUGGAAUCUCAAAGGGUUCGAGUGCAUCAACAGUUAGAGGAGCUUGCAAUGGCCAAAAAACGUUAUAUGGAAGAUCCUGAUGUGUUUCUUAGGAAACUGAAAAAUGGCGAAGCGAUUAUUGCUCCAGAUCAAAUAACUAUAGCAGCGAUACCUGAAUUAGGCAAAUAUGAUGAUGAUAUGCCCCACGAAGUAAAAGUCAAGGAAGAACCUACUACAUACAGUACUAACGAUGCUAUAAAAACCGAAUUGCCCAUAGUAAGGGGACGAGUUAUGGAUGAUUCGAAGCCUGAAACCUAUAAUCAGCUAUGGAGCAUUGAAGAGCAAAAACGUUUGGAGGAACUGCUCAUUGAAUAUCCUGAAGAACGUGUGGAAAUGCAUAGAUUUACCAAGAUAGCCAAAGCUUUGGGCAAUCGUACUCCUCAACAAGUUUCCAGUCGAGUGCAAAAAUAUUUUCAAAAACUACACAGUGCUGGAAUGCCCAUACCAGGCAGAAUACCCAAGAAUCGUCGUGUGGGUCAAGCGAAGUCGAAACAUUACUAUCGUCCCUCUACAUUUUUUCCCUCGCACAAUGUGCCAGUACACAUGACCGAAGAUGAUUUUCUCUUUAGUGAUCUGAAUUUACCUUCCACGAGUACAGCGGCAACGCAAGAUAGAACUGGCUGCAACUCCACAGAUAUAAUAAGCGAAGUAAAAGCAGAACCCCUUACGCCCGAUAUGAGACAACAAAUGCUUAGCAUAUUGGAGGCUGUGAAGCAAGAGAAACUAGCCACCCCCGAAGGCUACAACCCAGAUCCACUUUCUGCAAAAUGCGAGAGUUGCGAAAAUUCACCAGUUUCUCGUUCCGGAUGGCGCUGUAAUACCUGCUAUUGUCCUUUGAAUUUAUGCGUGGAUUGUUUGGUCUCUCAACUGGUGGAACGUCAGUUCGAUCAUUAUUCACAUGAUGUGGUGGCCGAAACAAAAUUAUGACAAAGUUUUGCAUAGUUUAAUUUAAGAUUUUUCGUUGCUUUCAAGACUCAAGAAAUUAAAAAGCCUAAAUAUUCAAGAAA